AUGGGCUCGCAGGAGGACGUAGCCGAAGCGACGAGCUCCAGACCACAGCCUUCGGAAGGACAGCCGAGACAGAGGCGGCGGCGCUCUUCUUUUAUGCCGCGCCGAAAAUCCAUAGUUCACCAGAUCAUGGAUGGUGAGGAAGGGCUUCUUCUCAAGGUUGACCUGUUUCUCUCCGAAUUGGAAAAGCGCCUCGAGUACCUCGAGAGCCUCGGUGAAGUCAAAUUAGAUGCAAGCAUAUCUAGAGCAUACUCAACCCUGCAAGCAGUCCAGGCAAGAUGCUCCCAAGUAUCGGAAGAGGUUAUAGGGGCUGGACGGCGGAGGUUGCAUGUGAUGGUGGAGACAUUGGAUGCCCGAUAUCACGAUGCGCUUGCCGCUGCUGAGUCCAUGAACGAGAAAGCAAAGGUCGGCAUCGAGCUGAUGGACGACAUGCUUACGGACUACGAAACAAGAGCACUCAAGUUCCGCGAUCAAGGGCUGGCAAAUGCUGCCGAAGCUGCUGGCUCUCUCAUGGAUGAGGGUCGUCGCGUAGUUGACGAGGGUAUUGAGCGAGCUCGUGAGGUCGCCAACGACGGUCUGGAAAAGGCAAAGAGGGCAGCAGAGUCGGUCGAAGAACAUGUGCAAUAUGCCAUCACGCGCGCAAGGGAACACGGCCUUUUGAGAUACGACGAGUUGCCAGUUCCUUGGAGGGUGAACCCACACAUUCUCAAGGGCUAUCGUUUCAGCGAGACAAAGCUGGGUUGCGUGCGGUCCAUGUUCAACUUUUCCAAUGAGACGGUCAACAUUUGGACGCAUGCCAUUGGUCUUCUGCUCGUCCUUUCCUUGGCAUUCUACUUCUACCCGAUGUCGGCCAACUUCUCGCUCAGCACAAAGACCGAUAUCUUCAUUGCGGCCGUCUUUCUAUUUGCAGCCUGCAAAUGUCUGGCCUGCAGCACGAUCUGGCACACCAUGAACUGUGUUGCCGACCAGACGCUGCUUGAGCGUUUUGCCUGCGUCGAUUACACUGGCAUUGCAUUAUUGAUUGCUGCUUCGAUCAUGACCACCGAGUACACGGCAUUCUACUGCGAGCCCAUCAGCUGCUGGACCUAUAUCACCGCCACUGGACUGCUGGGCAUCUUUGGUGUCAUCAUGCCGUGGCACCCUUACUUCAACCGUGCAGACAAGGCUUGGCUCCGCGUCGGCUUCUUCGUCGGUCUGGGAGCUACUGGAUUCCUUCCCGUCUUUCAGAUUGUUUAUACCAGGGGCCCUGCUUGGGCUUAUGACUUCUACAUGGGUUCGAAUCUAGUCAAGUCCUUGAGCGUCUAUGUCAUCGGAGCCUGCGUCUAUGCCAGCAAAGUCCCAGAGAGAUGGUUCCCUGGUUGCUUCGACUAUUUUGGAAACGCUCACAACCUUUGGCAUGUUGCUGUCCUGGGAGGCAUCCUGUACCACUACGUUGCCAUGCAAGAGUUCUUUGCUGGUGCAUUCCGCCGUGCUCAGUACGAGUGUCCAUCCAUUUGA